AUGCAUUUAAAACAUGGGCUUUUAACCUACUGCAUAGCAAUUCACAUUUUAGUUAAAUCGAGGCUUAUCAAGGAUGCUAAAGCAAUGCUAGAAUCAGCUUUAAUGAAAGCAUCCUCCAAUGGUAAUUCUCAAGUAUUCACUGUUCUUCAUUCGUUAAUUGAUAGCUAUGAAGUUGUUGGCUCAAUUCCUUUUGUGUUUGACUUGUUUAUACAAACUUGUGCAAAGUUGGGAAUGGUUGAUGAUGUUCUUGAUGCUUGUAAAUUUUUGAAUGUACAUGGGUUUACAUUGAGUGUGAUUAGUUUUAAUACUUUGCUUCAUGUUAUGCAAAAAUCUGAGGGAGUCCACUUAGUUUGGGCUGUGUAUGAGCACAUGAUAGAGUCAAGAAUUUAUCCAAAUGAAGUGACUGUUAGGAUUAUGGUGGGUGCUUUGUGUAAAGAAGGGAAGUUGAAGAAAUUUCUUGAUAUUGUGGAUAGAAUGCAUGGGAAGAGGUGUUCAGUUCCUGGGUUGAUAGUAAAUACUUGUUUGGUGUAUAGGAUGAUAGAGGAGGAAAGAAUUGAAGAUGCAGUGGUGUUGUUGAAGCGAAUGCUGCAGAGGAAUAUGAUCUUGGAUAAUAUUUCUUAUUCUUUGGUUGUCUUUGCGAAGGUGAAGAUGGGGAAUUUGGAAGCUGCAAAGCAGAUUUAUGAGGAAAUGCUCAAGAGAGGUUUUGAAGGGAAUGCUUUUGUAUAUAGUUUAUUUAUUGGGGAAUAUUGUGAGAAGGGGAGGAUUGAGGAAGCAGUUGGGUUCUUGGAAGAAAUGGAAAAUGUGGGCCUAAAGCCAUAUGAUGAAACCUUCAAUCAUUUGAUUAAAGGUUGUUCUACUUCUGGACGAUUGGAGGCUAGCUUGAAAUUUUGUGAGAGAAUGGUUACUACGGGGCUUGUUCCUAGUUGUUCAGCGGUUAAUGAGAUGUUUAGUAAGCUGUGUGAAAAUGGGGAUGCCAAUAGGGCUAAUGACAUGUUGACUGUUUUGUUAGAUAAAGGGUUUGUUCCAGACAAGGGUACAUAUUCCUAUCUUGUUGCAGGCUAUGGUAAAGAUGGUGAUGUUGAUGGAGUUCUAAAGCUUUAUUUUGAGAUGGAACACAAAUUACUUAUGCCUGAUUCGUUGGUUUUCACUUCAUUGAUUAUCAGUCUCUGCCAAUGGGGGAGAUUAAAAGAAGCGGACCAUUAUCUGGAGAAAAUGAAAGCUCGAUCACUAGUUCCGAGUUCAUAUGUCUACAAAACGCUGGUUGCUGGCCACUUGCAGAAGGGAGACAAAAUGAGAGCUAAUAAACUUUACACUGAAAUGGUUGGAGAAUGA